AGAGAGCAGUUAAAGAGAUAAGUGAUGAGAUAAGAUAAGUUCCCUUCGGUUUUGACAGUGUUAUUGUCAUUGUAGGGAAUUGGCGUCGUAGUUUCCUGUGGAAAAGGGUAGAUAUUUGUGGCGCUUAUAAUCUGGGCACUUUAUUGUUUACAGCUGGGGCUGUUGUUAAUUAGGAUGGUCACGUGUUACUCGUUUGCGGAACUAGCUUUUCAGGUUUUUGUGACACUGGUCAGCAUCAGAUCUUGGGCGACCACUGACUUCCCUUGAGAUGGAUGAACAGGAGAACCCACUAGAGCGAGACCACUCCUUGUCUGUGGUUCUGCCGGGAGGAAUCGAGAAGAAUGCCACUGUGCAUGGAAGUAAACCAGUGAUGGACUUACUGGUGACCCUUUGUGCGAGUUACCAUCUGAAUCCAUCGGACUACACUGUCGAGGUUCUCUCGCCCAACAAGAACAACAUUGGCUUCAAACCCAACUCUCCUAUUGGCUCUCUUGAGGCAGAGAAGAUUGUGCUAAAGCCCAAAGGAGUGGAGGAAAAGAUCAGGAGGCCGUACAUGCCGGAGGCAACAGUUCGCCUGUUGAUCAACUACAAGAAGUCUCACAAGGCCGUGGUGCGAGUCAAUCCCAGAGUGCCUCUUGAGAUGCUGCUGCCAGUGGUGUGUGACAAGUGCGAGUUUGAAGUAGACACAACUGUGUUAUUAAGAAACUCUCAGUCUGAAGAGCCUCUGGAUCUGACCAAGUCCUUGAAUGAACACGGGCUGAGAGAAGUGUUUGCCAAAAAUACAGCUCGUAAGAAGUGUGUGCACGGUCAGCAUGAACCUAAAACCACUGAAGCAGAGGUCAUCUCACCACCUGCACAGUCAGGAGAUCUGCCAAAUAAGGAGAACAAACAGAAGGAGAAUGCAGGAUUCCUCAGCUUAUUUAGAAGAAAGAAGAAAAAACCUGAAUUGGAAGGAGCAGUGAGUGGCCCUGUCUCUCCUGGACUUGACAAACCAAUGGUUGUCAGUGUGAAGGGCCAGGAUGUCGCCUCUCCUAUAACCCCGCCAGCAGAUAUGCCCAAGAAGAGGCGAGCCCCCCAGCCGCCCAUGGGUGCAUCACAGAGUGUCCCCAACAACCUCAGCACCUAUCAUCUAAGAGGGCCACAGAGAUCUGCAGAAUCAACCCUAAGAACUACUAAGAGGAGAGCACCACCCCCUCCAUGUGCAAACUCACCUCAGGAGCUGCUGGAGGACACGCAGAUUAAAGGGACUGUAGACACUCUGAACACUUUGGAGGAACAGAGAGAAAGUGAUGAGUCAGACUCCAUAAAUCAUUCAGUCUCCUCAUCUUCAUCACCAAAUUCAUCUCAAACAUUUUCAUCGUCAUACUUCUCACGUCCAUCAUUCGACCCACACCUGCCUUCAUUUCGCGGGAGAGACUUCGCUGAUGCCCGUUGUGCUCUUGCCAAAGUCCUGACGUCCUCUGUUUCCAAGGGAACACUGGUCAAGCGUUUCAGGAAUGCUGCCACCCUCCCAAAAUUAUACACCGCCUCCUCCUCCAUGUCCGUGACUCAGAGAUGUCCAGAUAAUGGGCUUUUCUUCUCUGAACUGGAGUCAGUUCUUACAUCUAAGCUCCCUACUGAGCCAGAGUGGGAGGAUCCUCUACAGAGGAGGGGGAUGACCACUUUCAAAGUGGUUCCCUUAAACAAACAGAAGUUUGAUGAACCAGAACAUACUCUGAGGGCUUCUGAAAAAUGUCAGGUAAUGGUAGAAAAUAACCCUGGGUGUGAAGCUCCUCCUGAGGUUGAGAAUAAUCAAACAAGGCCUGAGGAAGAUUUAUGUUCUUCUCAUAGAUCAGAUACUGAAACACCUCUAGUUACUGAGGAGCUCUCUGGUCAGGAGAUCCAGACUUCUAACAGGUCAGAGUCCCCACCACCUCCACAUGGUUUAGACAGUCAGGAUCGUACAGUGACCCCUCUUUCUGAGGUUGUAGGAAACGGUAAAGAACAGAAAGUUGAAGAAGAUGAGACGGUAGCUGAACAGUCGGGCUGCAGUGAUGAGAAACUCGCCUGUUAUGGUCGCAUCAACUCAGAAGAUCAGUGUGAGAGCCUCCAAAGCCCCGGUAGAUGGUCUGAAGGCACAGAAGUGGACCAGAGGGGCUCUCAUACUGAUGAGACAAUAGUGAAGGAAGUGGUGCAAGAAGACGAAUUGGAGGAGGACGCGUUCCCUCCCCCUCCUCCACCCGUCUUCUUUAAUGAAGUCACAGAAGAUAGCGCCACUUCUCCGCUGCAUUCUUCCCACCCUUCAAGUCCUACCUACAACGAUGCACUCAGUGAGCAAGAUGAGUCCAACUCAGCCCUGUGUAAGCAGCCGUCAGCGGCACCACAGCCCAUGGACAAGAGGAGCACAGCUUCGUCCAGAUUUGCACAGGCGGUGGCAUUAGCUGUGCAAAGGUCUCGCCUCCUGAGUCAUGGGAAAGCUGUGGUCCCACCAGCCCCCGCUGAUCCACACAGUACACUUCCCUCAGCACCGAGGUCUACAUAUCAGUUUGGUGCCUGACGGGCUUCUUCACACACCUUAAAGUGAAGGAUUCCCAGCUGACCAAAUACGCCACAAUCAGCAACUGACCUUCCAAAGAUUUAAGAAGUAAGAAAGACUUCACCCAUUUUCUUACAAGGACACAGACUUUUCCAUGCUUUUAAUUUUUGUCCCAAGACACAGCUUUGGAAUUGUUUUAUUUUGGACGUUCUGUUCACAGGUUGAACAUAAACCUUUUCUGUUGUGGAGUUGGCCAAAUGUACAGGACAUGCAUUGUUGAAUUGAGUGUGUCCUGUUUUCUUUUUUUUCCUUUAUUUCCUUUUAAACAUUCAUUCAAGAUGUGCCAAGGCGGACACAGCUCUGACGGCAGAGCUGCUUUUUUCAUGCGUGGAAAACAAAAGCAAUGAUGUAAUUGCCAUUAUUGGCUUAUUCUGUGUUUGUGCAGACGUUUAUUUUUUCCACUCAGGAUGUAGUAUUUAUUUUUUAUGCUUCCAAACAUGAAGAAUGCACUGCAGUUUAAGUCAAGUCUAUUUUGAGACUGUUUUGCGUUUUUGGUCACCAGGUGGCAGAAGAGCAUUGUUUUUAAAUGAGGAUUUAUUUGUGAAGUCCAAAUUCUGGUCGAUGUUUCUUUAGUGACAAACUUAAGAUUGUUUAAAAAUAAAUAAUAUCACACAUUUUGAGCCAUACAUUAAAUUAUUAGACACAGCAUUUAACACAUUUAAAAAAGGUGUUUUUUUUUUUAUUUAUUUUUCCUUAAUGCCGUCUCUAUGAAGAAUCUCUGACCAUUUGAUGGACGUUUCACAGAUAAUGUAAUAAAAAAAAUGGCAA